GUUCAAUUGACUUUUAGUCUUUAGUCUAUGGGUACCGAACGCUUAUGACAGAUCUCAAGUGAAAAAUUAGGGAAAUAUGAAGUAAAAUAUUUUCAUUAAUUUUGUGUUUUAAAUGACCGCAGGAAAAGAAACAAUGGGUGAGCAGCCGAUAUUCACUUGCAAAGCCCACGUGUUCCACAUAGAUCCCAAGACGAAACGGUCAUGGAUGUCGGCCAGUUCUGCAGCGGUUUCCGUUUCGUUCUUCUAUGAUUCGUCAAGGAACCUCUACCGCAUCAUCAGCGUUGAAGGAACCAAGGCGGUGAUCAACAGCACGAUAACGGCCAACAUGACCUUUACGAAGACAUCCCAGAAGUUCGGGCAGUGGAGUGACGUCAGAGCGAACACUGUCUACGGUCUCGGCUUCGCUUCCGAAGCCGAACUCGGAAAGUUUAUCGAGAAGUUUCAAGAGGUGAAGGAAGCUAUUCAGGCCCAGCAGUGCGGCGUCGCGGGUAAAGGCGUGAACGGCAACAGCGGGGCCGCCACGCCCGUCGCCAGCGCCACCGCCAGCCCGCUGCUCGCCGCCCGCCCCGCGCCCGACGACCAGCCCCCGGCCGUGCCCAACAAACCGGAGACUGAUGAAAUGGUCGUUCACCAGAGAGCUCACUCUGUGUCUUCUACCAUACAGGGCGGCUACGCGACGGUGGGUCGCGCGCCCCGCGGCCCCCUGCCCCCCGCCGCGCCCCCCGCGCCCGAGCCCCCCGCGCCCGAGACCGCGGAGCAGCAGCUGCGCUACGAGAACGACCGACUCAAGCUCGCGCUGGCGCAGAGCUCUGCGAAUGCCAAGAAGUGGGAGGUAGAGCUGGCCACGUUGAAGAGUAACAAUCUUCGACUGACGGCCGCCCUGCAGGAGAGCACCGCCAACGUGGAUGAAUGGAAGCGUCAGCUGCACCAGUACAGGGAGGAGGUCGCCAGGGCGCGCCACUAUGCUGGAAAAGCAGGGGACGCGAACGAGGUUGAACAGCUGAGGCAGCGCGUGGCCCAGCUUGAAGCGGAGCUCGCCCAGAAGAACGAAGAGCUCGCUCAGAUCACCAAGUCCAAGAAAAUCGAGCAGGACGCGGAGGCCAAGUUAGCGCAGAGCCAGCUGGAGCUAGCCAUAGCGGCCCAGGAGGGGCAGCGGCAGGUCGUGCAGGCCCUCGCCGACCAGCUCGCCCGCCAGCUCGAGGACCUGGCAACGAUUCAUCGAGAGCUGAACACGGCUCUGCAAACAUGAGACGCGGCCUGCGCCCCGCCCCCCGCUAUAUACGCGUCCGUGUGUAAAGAACGACCGGAUAUUAGGGGUGAUAGGCCGGAGAUUAGGGGGGAGAGGCCCGAAUUUAGGGGGGAGAGGCCCGAUUUUCGGGGGGACCGACCUGAGAUUAGGGGCGAAAGGCCUGAAAUUAGGGGGGAAAAGCCAGAGAUAAGGGAGAGGCCGGAUAUGAGGGGCGACAGGUCGGAUCGGCGUUUGCCCCUCCUGUUAAGACCGGACGCUGAGGAGCCCACCUACGUCACAGUCAAAGCGAAGAAAUGAAAAGGAAUAUCGGUAUUUCGCAAGGUGCACGAGUUCUUUUAAGUGUUUUUUUUUCUAUAUCCAUCUCCAUUCGUUCUCCACAAAUAACGAUCUAUGUUUUUCACGUCCAUAGCUUUACUUAUUGAUAUUAAGUGUGUUAAUGAUUUCAAUUUUUUUUCGAAUUUUUCUACGCCUUUAAUAAGUUAAGGGGGAUGGUCGAUUGGUGUUGCCAUUAUUGAACACUAAUGAAUGCACAAUUCCACAAAAAAAAAAAAUUUAAAUAUAUAGGUUUUUGACUUCUAAUUAAAUUUCAAUGACAUGUCUUCAAGUCAUGUUUUUUUUGCAUUUUCUUGUAUUUUUAUUUGUUUUUGUUUUGUUAAUUUUAGAAUAGAAUAAUAAUAAAAAUAUUAAUAAUUUUGGAAUAGAAAUUGAAUUUGAUGUUAAAAACCUAUAAUAAUUAUAAAAAAAAAAAACUUUAUUUAGUUACUUAUUAUUUGAAAAGAGCAGCACAUGAAUUUUUGAUACUUGAUAUUAAACUGAAUAUCUUUGUACUGACACUUGCACAGAAAGUUGGAUCAAAAAUAAUAAAAAUAACGAUCUGACAGUAUAAUUAUAUAAGAGAUGUUUUUUUUUUAAAGUAGAGGUAUCAUCCCCUUCAUAGUUGUUGUGAAAUAACAACCAAUACCUCUGUAACUACUCACCGAAACCUACUUAAGAGCAAAACGCAUCAAUUGUGAUACGUCUAAAGUCAUUAUCAUUCUGCCCCCAUAUGACGUCAUAUGUAAUGAAGUUCUAUUCGUUUGAGUCUUGUAACUUUUUUGGAAAUUAUAAAAAUGAACUCUGUCCUAUUCAUUAUUGACUAACUUUGGGGAUGUGAUUCCAACGUAGAGUUAGUCGGGUGUGAGGGGGGUUGGGACGUCAGUAUUUGAACUAAAUCCAAAUGAGUUUUUUUUUUGUUCUUUAGAGAUACAUGUAUGCUCUAAAUUGUAAGCUGAAGGCGAAUAGUUAUCGAAUACCCAUCAAGUUAAUUAUUAUAUUAGUUAUUUAUUCGCUUGCUCAUUGUUUGGGGCGUAGGUAAAAAACAUAAAUAAAAUACUCUUUAUUUUUUAAUUCGAAUUAGCCGCAUCAUGUUAACGCCAAAAACGUUAUGAAUAAUAAUUUAAAUAGUAUAAUUAUAUUAUUUACAUAGAUAUUUAAAAUGUUUAUUAUAUGUAUUUGUAAUUGAUUGAUUGCAUUGUAUUUAGAAGUUGCACGGUGGAAUACCGAAUCAUGGAUUCUAUCUAUCUCUUUCUCUUUGAAUACUCUAUCUCGCUCUCUCUCUCUUUCUCUAUGUGUAUUUAAGUUGAUUGUAUAUUUUAAAGGACGCAUUUGCGAAUGACGGUGCACAAAAACAAACAGAUAAUCAUUAUUAUUUUUUUUGUUACUAAAGAAAUACAAUUUUUUACUAAAGAAUGUGUUACUAAAGAAUUACUGUUUGAUGCAUCCUCAUUUGCCGGCGUCUAUGAACUUACGGCGAACUGUGCCAUUGUAGUAAUCUUAUUGUUAAAAUAAUAUUUAAAAAAAAACAUAUAAAUAUAUAACUAUAUAAUUAUAAUAGAUAUUAUAUUAAUUAAUUAUUAAUUAAAAACAUUUUAACGAUUCGCGUUUGAUCCUUUAACUGCGAGACGGUUGCAGGAAAAUGUAAAUAAUAAAAUGUUUUUGUCUCUUUCCCUCGUGGCGUACUGUUGAUGUGUGCGAGCGAGAAGGAACGACGUUGGACUAUAGUAGUUCUUGUCAUGGGUCUCUGAAUUGUAUCGAUAGAAUAAACUUUAAUCGUUUUAUAGUAGUAAGUUUAAAUAUAUAUAAAUUUUUUGUUUGUUAUUAAUUAAAGCCGGGUGGGCCGUCGAUAAAUCGAUUUCAAACGCUUUCAAACGAUCGAUUAAUCACCGAGAAAUCUAUACGGGAAAUAAACCGAUAUGUUUUUAUACGCGGGAUGUUUAGCAAAUAUAUUUGUAAUGCUGUGGUAUAUGCGAAUAAACAAAACAAUGAUUGUCGAAUAACUAUUAAAAAAAUACAUAUCGAAGGGUGAAAGGCGUUUUUUUUUGUUUCGAGCGACAUUUUUGCAAUUUUACAGGAGAUACAUUUGAAGUUUUAAAUUUGGAAAAAAAUAUCAUAAUAAAAAAAAAAAAUUACUUCAGCUAUUUCAAUGGGGUAGAUUUAAUUGAAGUUCAAUUAAAAACAUCGAAUUGUUGAUGCUAAUAUCAAAUAAAACGGACGUUUAAUUACAAAGAUAAUUAAUGUCACUUAAAUAAAAUAGUCUUUCACUUCUCGAUAUAAAAAUGUAUUUACAGUUUUAUAUUUUCUCGGACGAUAGAUGGCUCUGUCAGCCAAGUUUCAUGGCUUCAGAGAUAGUUUAAUUUUGAUUGAUUGCUUGCGGAUAAUAUCCACGAUGUCUUCCCACGCCGGUUCGAAAGUGGCGAAGGAUUAAGAAAUAAGUUUACAAUUAAUUAAAUACAUACAUUAUUUGAAGGCUUCUGUCAUGGCCAAGCUGACAGUUUGUUGACAGUGUAUUGGCCAAUUGACACCGUUAAUAACACGCCUUUCUGGCUGCCGCUUAAAACGCUACCGAUUGAAUCAAAUUUGUACGGAUAAUACAAGAGCAUAAUAACAUUAUGGUUUAUUUUAGAAAACAUUUUAUAUUUCGUUCCUACCGUGUAGGCUAUUUAGUAUUGUAAUGUUAUUAUCUAUGUAUGUUUAUUGAUGUUUCGAUGUUAUUAAUUAGUAGGUAUGUAAGUGAAAUAGUAGCUACGGGUGUAUUUUUGUGUUGGAGUCGUGUGAAAUUAAAAUUUGCUUUAAAGUUUUAUUGAAAAUAUCGUUAGUGCGUUUCGGAAGUAUUUCUAAAGUUGGCCGGUAGAUGUCGCUUUGAUGCAUUUUUUUUUUGAGAUCCAAUACUGUAAUCUUGAUGUGUGUUAACUCUUUUCGUAUUGCGUAGAGAAGUUAAAUCUGAAGAUGCGUCCCAAGGUUAAAAGUAUACUCGUAGAUUCGUAUAAGAAUAGUUAGUUAGGUAGUCUAGGACGACCACGUCAUGAUAUCCGUCUUAUUUUUUUCUAUCUCGAAUAUUUACCGGUUCGUUUUGAUUUGAUUUCUCAUUAUCGAAAGCCCUGUAAUUUAAUAGGAUCCCCCUAGAAAACUAGUGAUAUUCGAAUUUUGCACAGAUAACACGGAGAUGCGCAUUUAAAAAAAAAAUCGAAUUGAAAAUGCAAUUCUGAAGUUUUAAUGUUUUGAAUGACCAUUCGAAUGCGUGUGUUAUCUGUGCGAAAGUGAAACAAAAAAAAAAUGAAACCUAAAUAAUAUCAUUGUCAAAGGCUGAGGACGAUUUUUAAGAUAUACAAUGUCUUCAAAACAGGGUAAUUUUUAUUUAAACGUUUUCAUCUUUUUUUCCUCUUCCUUUCUCACUUUAGGGAACUUGUUGAAGUUAAAUGGCAAUUUAAAAAUAAAUAAAAGCUAAUUGAUUUGAAAUACGGUACCGCAAUGAUAUUAAAUAAACACGAAACAAUAUCCGGAUUUGCCUUGCCGACCAAAACGUACGGAUUUAAUUACGCGAAAGCAGCAGACUUUAAACCUUUGGGUCAUGUUAAUAAUCUCACGCAAGAUAGAUGUUAAUAUAUAAAAAAACAGUUUUAAAGUUUGACAAGCGGUGAUCUAAUCUGCAAUCAAUAAUUUCGCAAGGUCAUCGGUCACGUUUCCAAUGGGUAUGCACUGGUUUAUUGGUAUUCAUCACGGAGGGUAGGGGUGAGGAGAACAUCCUCAAAUGGGAAGCAAGUUGUAGGUGUCUAGAUGUGAUCAGGAAAUAGCGACUCGAAAUCCUUACAAAAUAGUACUAGCGAACAGUGGUUUUUUUUAUUGCUUACAUGGGUAGACGAGCUCACAGUCCACUUGGUGUUAAGUGAUUACUAGAGCCCAUAGACAUCCACAACGUAAAUGCGCCACCCACCUUGAGAUAUAAGUUCUAAGUAUAGUUACAACGGCUGCCCCACCAUUCAAACCGAAACGCGUUACUGCUUCACGGCAGAAAUAGACAGGUCGGUGGUACCUACCUGUGCGGACGCACAAGACGUCCUGCCACUAGUAAUUACGCAAAUUAUAAUUUUACGGGUUUGAUUUUUAUUACACGAUGUUAUUCCUUCACCGUGGAAGUCAAUCGUGAACAUUUGUUGAGUACGUAUUUCAUUAGAAAAAUUGGUACCCGCCUGAGAUUCGAACACCGGUUGGAUCGCUCAACCCAAAUACACCGGACGUCUUAUCCUUUAGGCCACGACGACUUCUAACUGGAUCGGAGAGAUCCCGCGAGAAACUCAGUGGGCUGUAUCUAUGGGACUUACAUCGUCGUUAUAUGGAACGCCCAAUUGAUACAAGGCAUGGCUGCGAGAUAGUUGAACUUACCUGUGUGCUAAGUGCGAGUUUUUAACGCUCUCGAUAGCGUAAAAGUUAAUUUAAAUUUGUAUGGAGUUGUAACGUUUGCCUACGUUUGCCGCCAGGGGUCCUGUUCUAACUGCAAAUUUGAUUUAACUUUUACGCUAUCGAGAACGUUGAAAAACUCGCACUAAGCACACUGCGUCGUUCGAAAUCAUACAAACAGUACUUUGUUGAAGUAAUAAAGAAGCCAUUUUAGUUUGCCUUUGACGAAUAGUUUUGUAUACUAAGAGAUGGUACUCCUUACAUUUGCCCUCCAUAAUGUAUAUUAAAAAGAAACUCUGAUUUUUGGGUAAAUUAAAAGUGAGAAACAAUUUAAUAUAUCUGGAAUAUACUAAAAUUUAUACUCCUUAAGUUUUUCUCGUAACAAACAGUAUUAUUUUGAUCACACUUUAUUUAUUUAUUGGAUGUAUUUGUAAUGUAUUUUCCUUUCUUAGGCAAUUUGAUAAGAAAUCUGUUUAUAAAUAUAUAUAUAAAUGUAUGUGUAUGUCGUUAAAACUUCGAGAUUCACUGUGGUCGGUGUAACUGGGCAAACCAAAAUUAGACAGGCUAGUUGAGGUCCGUUGGCCUACCAAUUAAGACUCGGACCUCAUGUCUCAAGGUGAACUUUCACACUGCAACACCCGCCUCUUUCUGCGGUGAAGCAGUAAUGCUUUUCGGGUCAGGUCGGUCGUGUUUGACAUCAGAUGGGUAGUGAGUGAGCUCGUUCACCCCUCUUAGUAAUAAAAAAGGUAGGUUUUUCUUUUGAUUAAGAGUUGGACCGUCACCGAGCGUGAAGUUAUAGGCCUGUGAAAGAUACAGCCCUAAAACUUCAGUGUUCAGUUUUUUUUUUGUUAAAUUUAUAUACAAAUAAAUUAGCCCUGGCUCAAUCACGGCCGCGGUGGAUUCGUCGCUUUGAUUUCGCGUAGUGUAUACAUUAUUCUGUUGAAUAAUAACUAAACGUAUGUUGUACAGUAGAAAUAAUUGUUAUAACCGAUUUACAAAUGUUUCUUUUCUUAUUAUUAUUUUUAUAUAAAUGCGUGUCUGACUGGGAGACACACAUUUGUAUCUGCAGUAUGAGUCGAUGAAGAUUAACACGAAUUAAUAACUCUGUAGCGGUAUUUACGAUAUCUGAAUAUCUGUUUUGGAUGAUUGGUCUGGCCGCGUUAAGGAAAAAGAAAAAAAAACUGAAUAUGUAAAAUGUCUAUUCUUAUUGUAUAGGUAUUAGCGACUCGCCCUCGCUUCGGUUCGGAAACAUUAAAUUUUAUUAUUGAUAGCUGAGUCCCGCGAUGUUACCCGCGGCUAUCGUCGUACCGCGGGUGACGACGCGAAAAAAAAAGUAGCCUUAGUUACUCCUUAUAUCAUCAGCUACCUAUCAGUGAAGGUCUCGUAAAAAUCGGUCCAGCCGUUCCAGAGAUUAGCCGGAAAAAACAGACAGACAGACAAAAAUUGUAAAAAAUGUUAUUUUGGUGUAUGUAAAGGUCAUAAACGCAUAUUCAAUUUAAGGAAUUGUCGGUUGUUAUGCUAAAACAAAUAGGCGUUAGAAUCGAAUAGUAAAAUCUACAGAGUUAUUGAUCGUACGUUACGCCAUUAGGCUUUUCAUAAGCAACUGUUAUAAUUGUAGUUUUAGUGGCCCGAACUGCCCACCGACUUUCCGAAAGGAGUGCCAAUGUUUUUUUUGUUACUAAGCGUCAAAAUUCGGGUCACUAAAAACACAUGAUUCGCGUGUUUUUUAGCCAGUAAUUAAUCAAUCUACCUAAUGUUAUUCAAUGGACUGUGUUGGGUUUUACAAUGACGCAACUUAUGGAUUAAUUAAAUUGCUUUAAGCGCCACUUAGGGUAUAUUGUAAGUAUGAUUUUGAGCUUAAUAGCUUACGAAAUAGCGCAGAGUCUGUUUGUCUCAAAUGUAAAUAUCGAUAUUGUAAAUAUAUUUAUUAUUUGAUCGUAGAAAGUUUGUAUCUUUGGUAGUAUUCUAAACUUUUUUCUCGGAACUACCCUCGUAUUUUAUUAAGAUAAACGCCAUCUAUUGAUUAAGGGACAAAACUUUUUAUUUCCUUUGUUCGAAGUUAAAUACCUAACCUUCACUGUCGUGAAAUACAACACAGUCUUAAAUACGUGUAUGUAAGUAAUAUCUUCCAUUAGUCUCGUAGUGACUGUGUCGUGCAGUUUGCGUAUUAAAAAUUAAACAUGAAUUUAA